ACGCCGCGGAAGACAACAAACGGGGAUUCUUGGACGUUUUGUCACUGAGCGUCAUGCUGCCGGGCAUUGGAGUCUUUGGCACAGGGGACAUUGUGCGAGCCCUUGUGCCCUUUCUCAGGGCUAAGGGCUUCCGCGUUGAGGCUGUGUGGGGGAGGACACUUGAAGCUGCAGAAAAUGUCGCCACUGAGCUCAAUAUCCCUUUCCAUACAAAUAAGGUGGAUGACGUUCUUCUCAGAAAAGACGUGGAUCUCGUUUUUAUCAUCUGCCAGCCGGACUUGCAUGCCCAGAUAGCAGUCAAGGCCUUGGGAAUUGGCAAGCAUGUCCUGUGCGACCGGCCAGCUGGUCUCUGUCAGCUUGAGGUGUUGAAGAUGGUGCAUGCGGCACAGUACUAUCCCUCGCUGAUCUCGGUGAUCUCGCAUGGCUUGCGCUUUCUCCCAGCCUUUGUGCACAUGAAGCGGCAGAUCGAGGCGGGCUACGUUGGAACAGUGAACGUGUGUGACGUGAGAGUGCACUGUGGUAGCAUGAUUGGCAACCAGUUUGAUUGGAUGUGCAGCCACCUGAUGGGAGGGGGGAUCCUGACCAUGGUGGGCAGCCACAUCAUUGAUGUGAUCUCCUUUGUGACGAGUCAGCGUGCCACUCGUGUCCAUGGCAUGAUGCGAACCUUCACCAAGAGCACAGAGAAGAUCAAUGGCAUCCGUUGGAUUGAUAGUGAUGACUUCUGUAGCUUCCAGAUGAUCCUGGAUGAGGGGGCCUGUGUGACAGCCACACUAAACAGCCACAUGGCAGGGGGCUUUGUACAGGAGGUAGUGGUAUGUGGCAGCAGAGGCAGGCUGGCUGUGCGUGGGGCUAACCUCUAUGGCCAGAGCCACACCUCGGAGAAGGAGGAAGAGCUGCUGCACGAAGGAGCUGAUGAUGUGGCACAUCUCACCAACAAGAACAACAGUGCCAGGAUAAACUCUUUGCUGCCUCAGCCCUACCUGCAGGGCCUGUUUCGUCUGGCAGGUGCACUCAAGGAGGCCUUCGCCACAGGGGAUGGGGAGCAUGGUUGGCUCAAGGAACCUGUCUCGACCGCAGCCACCUUCGAGGAUGGCCAGUAUGUCCAGGCUGUCAUCGAUGCCAUCAAGCUUUCUUCAGCCAGUCGGCAGUGGGAGCAGGUAACUGUAGCCAAUGAUGAGAGCGAACUGAACCCUUUAAUGACCAGGCUUAAUCUCCCUAACAUUAAUAUGAGCUCUCUGGACGCACUGUCACAGGCUCCAACUAACCGAAUCACUCCACAGCGUAAGGUCACUAGCUCUGAGUCGCACCUUCCUUGGAGCUUUGCCACAAAACACUAAAAAGAAAACCAAAAAAAAAACAAAGCAAAAAAAAAAGGAGAAAAAGAGUCAAACUAUAUUUGCUUUUUAUGGUGAUUUGCACUUACCAAUACAGUGGGUAGAAGCUGCUGUUUUUUUCUUUUUCUUUUCUUUUCUUUUGUUGUUUUUAUUUUUAUUUUAUGAUUUAUAAGCAAAGCUGUAUUGCAUAUGGUAAUGCAUUAUGCUAGAUGUACAUAUUUAUGCAUCUAUCUGCUGCGAAAUCCUCUUAGAUGUAGCAUAUGUUGACAGGACAGUUUUGUGUUAGUUCACCAGGAAUUCUUAUUGUGUUUGGUUUAAGUAAAGCAAGAGCUUUCAUGCUUCUAAUGUAACUCCUUUUUUGAGGAAGUUGCCUGAAUCUUGUGCGAUGUGAUUGAUGCCACAUACAGCUUGCAGCAAAAGUUUUGUUGAACCACUUUCAGAAACAUAAAAAAGCCACAGUUAGAAUUUUAUUAUAGAAGAGGAACAUGCUUUUUGUAUACAGUACCUGUAUGAAUGACUAAUUUGAAUAAUGAAUAUUUUUUUUCUAAUCAGUGAACAUUAGUAAAACUAUCUAAAAAAAAUAUAGCUUGCCAAACAAAGUAGCAUUAAUCAACAAUAUUGUAAUGAUAUUAGGGGCAGCACAUAAUGCUUGCGCUUUUAAAAAAUAAUAUUAAUUUUUGUAUGAAUUUAGAUAAUGUUCUUGCAUUUACUUUGACUGUGGCUGUUUUAGUUAUGUUUUUCAUUUCACUUCUUCAUAAAAAAUAAUAUUUGCUCCUCUGUUGCUAACACAAUUCAGUCACAGAACACAAAUACAGUAAUGCCUGCAAAAAAACAACAACACACAAAAUAAAAUGAGACACAGCUGCAUUUUAUUGUCUUGCAGCUGUAUAGUUCCUCCUGCCUGUCAGUUAGGCAGAUGUGACUCUCUCUCACACCUGCUCUACCAACAAGAACUGUAUCUUUAGUUGAUACCAAAGUAUAGUAUGUGAUGUUUUUCAGUCUACCAUGGGCUCUGUAAUGUUUAUAUUCUCAGCUUUAGUAUUGUAAAUAGCCAGAACUAAGUUGAUGUCUGUUUCAUCUUUUUUAUUCUGCUUCUGAAACGAUAGGAUAACUUUAUAUCAUGCAGUGCUGCAUUAGGGUCUUUAGAUAGGUAUUGCAUGUAUAAUGCAUGUGGUAAUAAAUAUUUUGCUUAAGAAA